AUGGAGAAUUCAACUGCCAUUCCGCAGAUGGCUCCCUCUCAACUCUUUUCCCUCCUCUUCCUCCUCGGCUUCACCUUCCUCCAGCCACUCCUCUCCUCCGCCCACCUCCGCCCUACAACAUCCCUUCUCCGAUCACAUCCUAUUUACGAGCACACCUCCUUAUAUUCCGCCGCCAAGGCCGCCUCUCCGACCACCUACUUCGAAGUCACAAGGCCAAUCCCACUUCCCAAAACCAGACCUUGCUCGUAUUUAGUCCUUCAACAUGACUUUGCGUCCACCUAUGGCAAGUCGCCGGUGCUUGCGAACUACAAACCCCCUUCGGACUGCCCAUCUCAGGAUUUCGCUAGAAUUGUGCUUGAAUGGACGGCGACUUGCAAAGGAAGGCAAUUUGAUAGAAUCUUCGGAGUUUGGCUUGGCGGGGUUGAGAUUCUCCGGAGCUGCACCGCCGAGCCCAGAGCCACCGGCAUUGUCUGGACGCUGAAGAAGGACAUCACGAGGUACUAUUCUUUGCUGAUGAAGGAGCAGAGUUUGGCUGUUUACCUGGGAAACAUUAUUGAUAGUACUUAUACUGGAGUCUACCAUGUGACUGUGAAAAUUCACUUUUAUCCUGCUGAUGAAAAUCAUGGUCGUAGUGGGAUUGUUUCUGGGGCUGAUUUGAUACUGCCCAUUUCUAGAAAUUUGCCUUUGAAUGAUGGGUUGUGGGCAGUGCUUGAAGUUUACGUCUCUUUUCAUGAGAAUGAUGAAUUUUGGUAUGCAAAUUAUCCAAAUGAGUACAUUUCUGUGAAUAAUCUUACUGGAAUGCCUGGCAACGGCCCGUUUCGGGAGGUUGUGGUUAUGUUGGAUGAUAUGAUUGUUGGUGCAAUUUGGCCUUUUACAGUGAUCUUCACAGGGGGUAUCAAUCCAUUGUUCUGGAGACCGAUUACUGGAAUUGGUUCCUUUGAUCUCCCAACUUAUGAUAUUGAGAUAACCCCUUUCUUAGGUAAAUUAUUGGAUGGGAAAAGCCAUAGGCUUGCAUUCAGUGUCACAAAUGCUUUAAAUGUGUGGUACAUUGAUGCAAAUUUGCAUCUUUGGUUAGAUAAGAAGAGUGUGAAAACACAGGGAAAGCUGUUGAAACAUAGUAGUAGUCCCCUUUCCUUGUCUCUUCUUUCGAACGUUGCUGGUUCUGAUGGAUCUUUCGUUGCAAACGCCAGUCGGUCAGUAACCUCAAGUGGAUGGGUGAAAUCGUCCAAUGGAAUGAUCACAACCAAAUCGCACCAAGAAUUCAAGUAUAGCAAUGCAAUGGAGUUGGGAAAAGAUGGGAAUUUGCAGAUAUUGAAUCAGAGGAUAUACUUCAAGGGCAGUCUUGGUUCCAAAACGCCGUCAUCUUCAGUUGGCUCUAGCAAAUUAUUCAGAAACUUUGGGCUUAACAUGUACUCUGAUAACGACGAGAAAGGGAACGGAACCGUUGAAUCUAGAGCUAACGUGGCCUUAGACAUCAGUGAGAAGAGCCGAAUAACGUCCCGUUAUGGAUCCUCCGUGCAUCAACUAAAAAAUACGCAGAAUGCACAUGGAUAUCUGGUUUACAAAGAUAAGAUGAUCAGUGGAUGGGGAAGGACCAAACAAGACUAUCACUAUUCUGGUAACAAGUUGUGCUAUUCUAGGAAUGUAAGAAGCUCAAACUACACCAUUCUGCAUGAUAAGGAGAGCAAUACUUGCAAAAGACACUGA